AUGGCGUCGAAUUCCUGGGACCAGCAUCAGUCCUCGGAUGCAUUCCUACCAACUUCCAAGCAUGGUCGAGCUACCGUCCGCCUCGUCCCUUUGGGCGAAUCUGAAAACGGAUCGCAAUCGCAGUCGGUAGGCAAGCCGUCUUCCAAGUCGCUCAUCUCCUGGAACGACGUCGGCCUGCUUCUCGGUGUUUUCGCUUGCCUCGCCAUCCUCGUAGGAUCAGUGUUUCCCCAACGCGCUGCCGUCUUUCUCGGUCAAACGAAUCAGCUAGUCGUCGUCGGCUUUUGUCUUGCUCUGAUGGCCAUAGCCUGUCAGAAGCAGGUCUCGCUUGCCACGCUGCAAUACUCUAUACAGUCAGGAAGAGCAAGUCUCCAAGAUCUGGAGACGAUCUUGCAAGGCCAAUUCUUCAUCGCCAAGUCCAGCAUGCUCUGCAAGGCGGUAAUUUUCCUGCUCACAGCAGUUCCGCUGGCGCUGAGUGUGGGAUACAAAAGGUGUGUUGGAGGAAGCAGCACUGUUAGGUGCGACGGCAUCGCAGGCGAUUUUGGUGCGACCGCUGCUCCAGGAUACCAAAAUAUUGGACUGGGUCUUUCCCUCAUCACUGAAACAUAUCUACCAUUCUGGAUCGAUCCAAGGGAACCUCAAUGUUAUGGCUUCAAUCUCCUCGUCGCAUCGAACACUAAAAGUGCUGUGUCGGAUGCACCUAUGCCUCAGUAUCUCGACUCGCUGCAGGCGUCAUUGGACAGAGAUGAAUUUGUGCUUUUGACCACCACUGUCAACGCGACGGUUCCGGAGACGGUGCAGAUAUCAACAUCGCUGCGAAAUAACAACACGUAUUGGCAACAAUUGGCAACACAAUACGGGCCCGGCAACUGGGCGGAUAUGGACAUGCUGUAUGGACGCCAUGUCGUAGUCGCCAAUGGACCUUCGGGCGCCAAUUGCACGACCAGUUAUCUAUCGAUAUACAACGAGACGGGAGGACAAACAGUCGGGGGCGAGAGGCAGCAGACCUUCAACUCUCGCCGCGAAGCAACAGGCACAUGGAAGAUCACUCCGUCCAGCAUCAGACUCGUCAAUGCAGACAUCUUGGAGACUCAGGACGAAGCUUUGUUUCGACGCAAUCAGUCGCUUAUAGAUGACAACCAGAUUGACGUUGUGGGUCUUUCCAGUCGCUUCGCGGCCGAGUACGACUGGACCCGGAAUCCGCGCAAUAGCUCCGUCAGCACCGCUCCAACCCUUGCGGUUACAUUUCUCUGGGCUCGUAUCGUCGCACAAUGUGGCGUGGAGAAUAAUGGCCGGACUGGGGUAUGGCGGGAGGUCAACCAGUACACCAAGGCAUCGUCAGAGGUGCAAGUGUACCGACAGCGCGAAACACUGAGACGGAGCUGGGAACUUCUGCUGGUCUUCCUCGUGCUGCCGGUUGUCUCCCUCUUUGCGUUCUUGGCCAAGAUGUGGUUCCACAGCUGCCCUGUUGAUGACGGAUUUGGUCUCAUCUCAGUCUUGGCCGCUGUAGAUUCGAAAUCGCUGAGCGGAUUGUACGGCGCUGGACUUUCGGGGAAGUUGACCCAGCGUGUUGGAAUCCGAUUUGACGUUGCUGACGACGAGAGGGUCGAGGCUCACGUGGGUGAGGUUGGGCGGCCGCGUCGGCUUCGAAGGGGUAGGAUGUCCGCAUGA